ACCACUCUGGUUGUAUCGAACGAGCGAAACCCAACCAACGACGAGCGUUCACCUCAAAUAUUUUGAUUUGAUCAAAUCAUCUCCACACUCGCCAAAUCGUUGUGUCCUCGUUCAUAUCGUUAUCGUAUCAGCUCAAAAAUCUCAAUCUCUCUUCCUUACAUUCUUCUGUUUCUCGAAUCCUUGUCUCCCUCCAUGGCUUCCUGUAGCCUAGGAGUUCCUAAAAUUAAAAUCUCGGCAGUAGACCUUAGUAGAGUAAGAUCUGGAAGCUUACUGAUACCAUACAAUCAAAGAUCAUUGCUUCGACAAAGGCCAGUGAAGUACUUGAGUCUGAAGACAACAUUUGGAUCUGUGAAAGCUGUCCAAGUGUCUACUGUCCCAACUGCAGAAACAUCAGCUACUAUAGAAGUAAAAGAUUCUAAAGAGAUCAAGUCAUCUCGAUUAAACGCUCAGCUUGUUCCCAAGCCUUCUGAGGUGGAAGCCCUUGUAACUGAAAUAUGCGAUUCUUCAUCAAUUGCAGAGUUUGAACUGAAACUGGGGGGUUUCCGACUAUAUGUAGCAAGGAACAUAGCUGACAAUAGUAGUCUACAACCUCCGCCAACUCCUGCUGUGACUGCUUCAAAUGCAACUACCGAGAGUCCUGAGUCGAAUGGAUCAGCUUCCUCUACUUCACUGGCUAUCUCAAAACCAGCAUCGUCAGCCGCUGAUCAGGGUUUGAUGAUUCUCCAAUCUCCAAAAGUAGGGUUCUUCAGGAGAUCCAAAACCAUAAAGGGUAAACGCCUGCCUUCGUCUUGUAAAGAGAAAGACCAAGUGAAAGAAGGUCAAAUUCUGUGCUACAUUGAACAACUCGGUGGCCAAUUUCCAAUCGAGUCUGAUGUUACCGGCGAGGUAGUCAAGAUACUCCGAGAAGAUGGAGAGCCUGUAGGAUACAAUGAUGCUCUCAUCUCCAUCCUUCCAUCCUUCCCUGGGAUCAAGAAGCUUCAGUAAAACCAAAUUCGAGCUGGUUUUGAGUUAUGACACUGUGCCUUGUGUAUGCUUUUAGAUAAAGAAACUUCAUUCAUAUUUGUAUUUGUCUUUUGCUUGUAUGAAAGUUCUUCUUUAAGACUCUUUUAUUCUGUAUGCUUUUUCUUAUAUAUAAAAACAUUAUGGUAUUUUUUUUUAAUCGUACAUAGAUGAUUUAUACACAUACAAUCCCAAGAUUUUAACGAUAGGUGAUUCUAACAGUUAAAGAUUUGGACAUUGCUGUUAUUUGACAGUUGAUUAUUCCUAACGUUGGAGAAGAAGCUGCUUUCGGAAUCUUUGUAUAAAUGCCUCUGCUCUUUCGUUGAUGUCACGUUCCUUCACCACUGGCUUCCUCGCCGGAAAUUUCUCCACCGUCGCCGCUGCUCUCUUAGGCUGUUCUACGGCCCUCCUUGGCUCAUAGGUUGAUGAUCUGUAACCAGAAAAUAUGAGAUGAGAGAAACGUUGAUUCAUUUGGUGGUUCUUUAUCAGUAAUGCUUAGUUCUUGCUGUCUUCUUUUAGUACUCAAAUGAUCAUUUGUGUGAACAUAUAUAUAGAUAAAAACAUGCGUAUAUUAUUUGUAAUGUAGUAUCAUGUAUGGUUAAAGAUGUGGCUCUAGAUACAUUGAACUUUUGAUAGAAUAAGCUUUUUUGGAUUAAGAUAAACAUUAGUUU